GAUCAGAGACUUACAAUUUGUGAGUGGCUCAGAUAGCAAUGAGUAAUCGAGAGGUGGUAGUUCUGAGUGUGGGAGGGGUGAGGUUUGUAACCAGGGCUGCUACCUUGCAGCAGUUCCCAGAGUCCAGGCUGGCACGGAUGUUGAGUGAUGAUGACCAGGAAUUUAAACUGGUGAAUGGAGAGUUUUUUGUGGACAGAGAUGGAACUUUGUUUAGUUACAUCAUGGACUUCUUGAGGACUCUCCAGGUCUCCUUACCAACUGACUUUUCAGACUAUCAGAGGCUGCAGAGGGAAGCAGAAUUCUAUGGGCUCUACACUCUGGCUGACCUCCUGAGCCAGGAACACUUGCUGAAGCCAAGGCUGGAGAUCUUGGAAGUGCGUUUUUCUCUCCAGGAGAUGCAGGCCUUUUUCCGGAUCUUUGGUUCCUGCAGUGCUACUGUUGAGACACUAGCUGAACAGAUCACAGUGUUCAUGGGGCAGCAGUCAGGACAGAGCUGGAACAGCCGUUUUCCUUCUCAGAAACCACUUGUUCCACUUCCUUUGGAAAGACCUUCUCAUCAUGACAUGGUUUUUCAGUGCGGUACUGACUACUCUGCUGGUGACCAGUUUGUGGCCAGGUAUGUUUCCAUAAAGCCAGAUAACAGAAAGCUGAUUAAUGGUACAAACGUGCUAGGUCUGCUACUUGACACUUUACUCAGAGAUGGAUUUCGCCUCAUAAGCACCAGGACAGUCUCUGGUGAAGACAAAGUGGAAUGCUUCAGUUUUGAAAGGGUGAAGAGGCCAGCAGGCCUUGCGCUCACACUGAAGAGCACUCCAGGGAGCUCCGGGGUGGCACAGGCAAAGAGAAGCCAAGUGCAGAAAGGGAAAUAAAGGCUUUUCAUCUGCUGAAGGUGGAAGAGGGGUGUGUCAGCACUAGUGGCCUUUUUCUGACUUGUUUCAAACUGCAGCUAUUGAGGGAAGGAACAAACAAACAAGUUGGUUUUUUUUUCUAGUAUUCGGAAGGAAAAAAUUGCUUUCCUGCUUUUUACCACUCCACCCUCUUCAACUCUAAAUAAAAGAACCACAGAUUCAAUACUGGUUUUGUGGACCAGAUUCCAGUGUUUUCAAAGGUUGUUUUGGUUUUUCUCUCUCGCUAAAAUUCGUAUUAGGACUUGCAAAAAAAAUCAGCUGUUCCUGCCAGAAAAUCGUUUCUAUGUCCUGUGCUAAUCUGCAAGUAGAUUUUAAAUACAUGAUAACUACAUGAGGAAAUAACAGAUCGACGCAACUGUCAUCCUAACAAUUUGGGGAAGUGGCUGCAGGAGGAAUGCAGACCUCAACAACUGAAUAUUGCUUCUGCUUUCAAGAGAUGCACAUACACUUAACUCUUGCAGUUAGCAGAAAGCAAGGAACAACCUCCCCAGGGAUGUGAUGGAGUCCCCAUUGCAGAAGACUUUCAAGAUGUGGUUGGAGAGGGUGUGAAAUGAUCUCUCCUGGGCUCCCUUUCCCACCAAAGGCUGGACAGGUGAUCAUUUCAGGUCCUUCCCAGCCCAGCCUGUUCUGUGAAGACCUGUGAAGGUCUGUGUCAGCCUAUUGUGGUGGCCUUUGAAAGGUCAGUUUGCCAAGGGCAGCAUUUGGGUGACACAGCAGACAAGCUGUAUGGGGUGACUGUCCUGACAAGUUGCUGUACUACAAAGACAACACUAGUUUUCCAAGCUAGUUUUCCACAUACUGACUUUCCAGUAAAGUUCCCAUUCCUCAACUUGAGAUAAAACUCAAACCAGUAAUGACAAGUAUUGAAGGGGUGAGUGACUGUGAAUAUUGCUGGUGAAGAGACUUACCAAAAAUAGCAAGAAGCACAAGACAAAAAUGACAAUUUUCUAAAGGGAAAGGCAGAAAAAGGGAUUUGAACCUGUGUUUAAACACCACACCUUCAGUGACUGCUGAUAGCAGCAGUGUCAACUGAGAACAGUAUCAGAACACCUGGUAGUAACAAAAUUAGGCUACUUCACCAACCACAGAAACAGUGAAUUUAUGUUUCUGCUGCAGCAGCCGCUUUGAAAACUGAAGUUUGGAUUACUUUUUUUCUAAAUAAAUUGAAAGAAAAUAGGAAAUAUUUCAAUUCUUAAAAGCCCUGGAGUUUUAAACUGUGCCAUUACUGAUGCUCUAUGACUUCAGCAAAGUGACUAUUUGGAACAACUAUUUCAGGAACAGCUUGUGGUGGGCUAGUGCUGAACACUCCCUGGUUCCCCUCACGGGUUAAUUUUUAUUCAGCACAAGCAUCAUCCUAUGAAUGUAAUAUUUUGGUUCCAGAAAAAUAUACCUUCUUUGAAAGAAAGCACAUUCCUGGGUUUCUUUAUAUAGAAAGUGGCAGCAGCACUGGUAGACCUACAGGUGGCGUAGCUUGAAGCUACAACUAAAUGGCAGCAAUCACAGAGGAAGGGGUGGAAGUAUGUUCAUUUGCAGACAAAUGAAUAUGAAAAUAGCACCGAUUUACUAUGAGGAUCCUCAGCUGGCCUGGGUAGCUGCUGCCCUCCACCCUGUAAGACUGUAGAGUGUUGCUGAACCAGGAUGGCAAUAUUUUCUUUGCCUUCUUUGGAAUGUUAAACAGCAUAUCCUACAGGCACUGGGGAAGUUACUUAGAAGAAAGUAACUAAUAGCUCUAGUAACUCAAAACGGGAUCUCUGCAGUGUGGGAAAUUUAUUGUAGGUGGCUUAGCCAUGCUUUUACAUGUGACAGAACAAGGAGCUCACAUCUUGGUCUAUAUUAAAUAGCAAUGGGAUUUUGAAACAUUUAUACUUUUUUUUUUCCAAUGAGGUUGGAAUUCAAGUCACUGCCAACUUUAUCAAGAGAAUUCCUUUUUCCUGGGAAGGUGCAAGAUUUGCUGAUUUCAGUAAAUUUACUGCUGUGUUUGCCUUUUUCUUCCUUGGACCUAGUAAAGUUGUGCAAACUUCUGCUCCCUGAGAUGCCGUAGUGCUGGAGGUCAGUCCUGUUGCUCAGAGCAAGCAGUGAGCCCUCUUCUGCUUUUUAACACACAAGGGGACUGCCAGAGCAGUAAGAUCACUAGGAAGAAAGCAAACUCAACAGUAAGGUAACCCUGUCCCUCUGUUCUACAUGGACUGCAGGUUUAUGUGGCAGAAAUAGAUCAUCAAAAAAGACGUGACAGUUUGCUAGAUUUGCAAGAGUAGGUGAUUCAGAAAGACAACACUUCAUUUGUAUUAUAUUUUUUAUUUUAAUCACUUUUCCCUCAUUUAUAGUUGGACUUCAUCCCAUGUUUCUAUAUUCAAGGCUUCCAAGGGCUUUAUCAAUAGUCUCGUGGUGCCUAUUGGGUAUCCCAACAGGAGAAAGACAUGGCACUUUUUCCAUCUUCCUGUUCUUGCCCCGUCUGCUUCCUUUUAUAGUGAUUGAUUACAUUUUUGUGCUUUUAAGUAACUUUCUGACUGCUUCUUCGCACCCCAGGAAGUUCUCCCAUGUUCUUAUCUCUGUGGGGGCAUAUCAUUUAUUCACCACCCGAAUUAUUCAGUAAUCUGCUGAUACCAGGAACGAGAGAGUCUGACAUGAAAUAUCUCCAUGUUCCUUGGGUAUUGAUUUCAAUGUUGAUUCACACGGGGUCUUAUUUUUUUUGGAAGUGCAGUCUCUGCAUUCUGUACAGAUUCUGCACUCAGUGCUCUUAAGAUUGUGUAAUUGACUCAGAAUAGAUGUUUAAAUAAAGCUAUUGCAAUUGACACUACAUUUAGGCUAAAAAAGACUGAUCUCUUAGUGCUAACCAUAGUACUGGGAAGUUUCCCCUUUACUAAAUAAUUCCAAACAAGUUUUCACAUCCCUGCAUAGUUGAACCUCAUGGAAAUAGUACAGGACUCCACCCUAAAGUGCAGUAUAUGAGGGGCUAAUAGCCACAGGGCAAAAGAAUGAUGCUGGAGUAUCUGCAUCCUGUCCUGCCUUGACAGACUGGCAACAAGGGUGGUGACUUCUGUUCUGACUUCGAAGAAACUUUUCUCCACAUUGGGCUGUUCCCACUUUUUACCUGUUUAGGUUGGUUUCCAGUUCUCCAGUGCACAAAAAUAACUCCUUUAGUUUGAGCUGAGCAAGGCUGAUGUGCUUGUGUCACUUUGGAGGGGGCGAGUUGAAGGUAUAUCAACACACAAUCUGGGUGAGACUUUGUUUUGAUUUGCAGCUGAAUUCACUACCAGGAAGCCACCAAAGUGGAACAGAAUUCCUGUUGGACAUUACAACAAAGUGUUCAGAGCUUUGAUUUUUUAUUUUUUAUUUAAUUUGUUCUCAGAUUGCUGGAAAGUGUUAUUGAAUAUUCAUUGGGAAACAAGCUGGGAGCUAUCCAAGAUGGGGAGGGAAACUCAUUGCCUCUUACUCCUUCCCUCUGAUUUGUGCUGAACCAUUGCCAGGCUUUAGCUUUACAAGGUUUAUUUUUAUCAAUUUUCAACAAUAAACAGUGGGAGGAUCUACAGUAAAAGAUUUACAGUGCAUCAUGAGGAAAUACAACUCUUUACCAAAUAGUAUUAUUGAUCUAUUCCCAGAUGCUACUGAAAAAGCAUAUGAAAUCCUAAAAUGAAGUCCAGUGAUGGAGAACUUCCUCUCUCUAGUGACAGAUGCAUAUGACUGUUAUGUCUUAGGAAAACAAUAAAAGGGAAGGGAGUGACUCUGUUUCUCUGACCAUAUCUUCAACAGCCCAGUUAAAUCUGUCAACUCAGUGUAAUCCCCAUAAAUGAAGAAUUUGGGAAACAAGAGAACUGCUAGUGCGUCUGAAGAGACCCAUUCUUUGAAACUGCCUCUCCUGCUGCAGUCAGGCCAUAAUUAGUUACAGAAGGCCUUGUUGUGACUAGUAAAUGGAUGGACUAACAAUGAUUUGAAUAGUCUGGAACUGGCUGGAGAUAUGCCUGGAGCCCUGAAUACUCUCAAAUGGGUGGGUGGGAUGUAAAUCACUAGUCAUCAUAUAAAAUACAAAUAAAUCUGACUUCUAUUAAAAAAAAAGGGCAUGUCCAUUUUCUAGACCAUCGUGUAGCUUCUGCUGAAAUAACCCCUGAAGUGUGAUCUGAUGUGUAAAUUUUUCCAAGAGUCCUUCCUCCAGUUCUACCCCGCUUCCAUUCUAACACAACAGUUCAAUAAUUGGUGGCUUCUUUCUGGUCAGAAGGAUGAUGAAUGUAGCCCUAAAGGCUGGAAACACUAAUGUGUGCAAGUCUGCUGUAGAGAAUGUAGUUAGGGCUUUGCUCUCUAAGCAAGUUUCUGCUACACCAGUCAGCUGAGUGCUGGCUGAAACUAUGAAGAAUUAAACGUUGCAACAUUGUUCCAUCCUGAUUCUCCAUUGGAAAAAAAGGGAAUAGAUUGGAAACAUCCAGUCUGGUGUUUUACUAGUACUUUGGAGAUGGGAACUCAGUCUUCUCUGAAUUCCAAAGGCAGUUUGUAGCUUUCAUUGAGAGCCCUCUGAAAAGCCUAUGGUUUUUGGUUUUGUUCUCCAGUGAUAACUAAACUGAGUAAUAAAAUAAUUGCUGACAUUUAUUUACAGUGUUGUAUUCAACAAUAAAUGGAAGG